GUGGGGAAGCGGUGCCGGGCGGCGAAAUGGCGGCCGUGUACUCCGGCGUGCACCUGAAGCUGAAGAGCGCCCGGACGCCGUGGGGGGACAAGGUGAAGCUCGCCCGCUUCGCCUGGGUGUCGCAGCAGUGCUUCCUUCCCAACAAGGAGCAGGUGUUACUUGAUUGGGUAAGCCAUACAUUGGUUUCCCACUACAAUAAGAAGCUUGAUCUGGAGGAUGAAGUUGUUGAGAAGCUCUGGGCAUAUCUAGACGAUGUUAUCCGUAGUAGAAGACUACAGAAUCUGUUAAAGAGUGGGAAGACGAUCAGUCUCAGUUUUUCAAUUGCACAGGUCAUAAAUGAAAGGUUAUCAGAGGCCUGUUCGCAAAAAACGCAGCAAAACAUUGGCGCAGUGCUGAGUUGCUCCAGUGGCAUCCUUUCUGCUCCUUCGCUCUCCAUCAUUUACACAGCAAAGUGUGAGCUCUUGGUUGAUCUCCUCAGCAAGCUCGCUGAGCUGGCGUGUCAGCAGCUGGCUUCUGAUGACGCUGUGGGCUCCCAGUUGUUCAGCAUCCUCCACCUCACUUUUGCUCAGUACCUUCUGAUCCAGAGGCAGCAAACCAACCCAAAUCGGGUGUUUGGGCAAGUGACAAAUCACUUGCUUCAGCCAUGCCUGCUCCUGAGGCACCUGCUGACGGUGAGGAGCUGGGUGCAGGCAGAUGACAAUCACGUGCGUCAGCACUUAAGCAGGGAAAUCCGAAAUCAAGUAGAAACGCUGCUGCGGGCUGGGUUAUUCCAGCCUGAGCUCUUCGCAUCCUACAAAGAGGAGCUGCUGCCGGAACGGGAACUCCAGGAGAAGAAGAAAGGAGCACUGAAAAGCCUCUUGCUACCAGUAAACACCGUGCAGACCAAGCUGGCCAGUGGCUUUUGUGAACCUGCCAUCCAUGGAGCGGUUGUGGCUGGUUCGGUGUCCCUGCUGUAUAAGCUCUUUCUGGACUCAUACUGCAAAGCAGAAAACCACCUCGUGUGUUUCCACAUGCUCAGCAGGCUUUAUGGCUGCCUCAGGCUCUCUGGCCUACAGCAAGGAGCGAGGGAGGACGCGCUGACCCCUGCAGACUGGAGCACAGAGCUCCUUGCUCUGGAACAGCUUCUGAGCCUGGUGCUGAGCAGCGAUAUCUAUAACGUUGCCAGUGACCGCAUCCGGCACAAGGAGGUGCAGUUUGGGUUUUACCGCAAGCUGGCGCAGAUGUUGAUGAGUCACUCCCAAGCUUCCAUCCCGGCUUGGUUCAGGUGUCUCAAGCUCUUGAUAUCAUUAAACCACCUUAUCAUAGAGCCAGACCUGGUUGACUUAGUGGCCUCUGCUUGGGUUGAUGCGAAGGUCGCUGAGCUACGUACGAAGAAGCCCCAGGAGGCUCUCCUCAGCGCCGUGUUUCAGACAUACUCCAAGCUGCGGCAGUUUCCACGGCUCUUUGAAGAGGUGCUGACAGUCAUCUGCUGGCCAGCUGUCGAUGAACUGAGGCUGCCUGUCUUGUCUGCUGGCUUGACAGUAAAGCUUCGCGAGUGCCUCCUCGAGCUGCCGCCCAACCAGAUUCUGGACAUUGUGUGUCUCUUAGUGGAGAAGUGCCAGAUCCUUGUUCCUGCUGUUGAAGGGUCUGCCGACAUGGCCUUGAAGCUGAUGUCAGUGAGCUCAGUGCUGCACGCUUUUCUGUUCAACAUGGGGAGCCUAGAUGAUGUCACUCCUGCCCCUGUGGUCCUUCGCACUCAGAGUCUGCUGGCCAAGAUGCAGGAGGGAGUAAUUCAGCCGCUGAUAGAGCUGCUGCAGGCUCCUGGGAGAGAGGAAGAGGAGCCAGACCUUUGGCUAAGAAAGGCCAGCGACUCUGCUCUCCUCCUCAUUUACACUUGGAUUGAGGUAGACACUUUGUUUGCUAUUAGCUGCACUAAAUACGUGUCUCCAUCAGCUGAAAAUGUCAGUGCUGCUGCUACAGCUGCUGCAAAGCCCUGGGACGUUUCGGCUUUCUUCCCUGGUGUGGAAGAGCAGUGUUGGGAGAGAGUCGUGGAACUUGCGAGUAGUUUUGCCUCCACUGGUAAAUACUGCUUAGAACAGCUCACGCUUCAGAAAAUGAAGAUGAUUUUAAUGCAGACUCAAGGUGAUGUACAGGCCUUGCAGCGUGCUGCAGCUUUCAUCCUGGAAGCUGGGAGAGCCACCAUGAACAGGGGAGAAUCUGAACCAUGGGAUGGAGAUAUCAGCGCAAUAAAUGAGCUUACAUACCCCACAGCACACUGGCACCUUGUCAUCUCCAACCUGACUGUCCUGUUGCCAUAUAUUUCCCUGAAAGAUGUACAGUACGUUGCAGAUGUGCUUCUGGAGGCGUUAGUAUUGACCAGAGCUCAGGAAGCUGCCGCAGACCAGGAGCCUUCCAUCAGCAUUGGAAAGGUCUGUCUCAGUUUCAUGCACAGUCCCUUUCUCCCAGAGAUGAAGGUUCUGCACUGUGCUUUUCUGACCAGCCUUAUUCAUCAGUUCACUCGGGUGCUGUCCUCUGCUGCUAGGGAUUCAGUAGAUCAGCCACUUCAGCAGCUGUCUGCAGGUAAUAUCUCUUGGCACGAAGAAAUCCUGGCUCCUUCCAAACUGGUUGAUGUGGUGGAAGCACCACCGGGAAACAAACAGCCGAAUGAUGAGCUCUGUUUGUCGUGGAAAACCCUGGAGAAAGUUGCCCAGUGUAUCUUACAGUUAGCAAAAAAUGGUUCCCCUGUCAUCCUGAAGGAAAGCCAGCUAGAAAGCUGCCUGCGUUUGCUAGAAAUUACUUCUCUUCUGAAACUAGACAGUCUUCUUCCCUCUGACUGCGUCCGAUGUUUUCUGGUGCUGCUGUCCCUGGUAGCCAGUACCAGGGCCAGUGUCUCCUGCAGCAGACUGCUAUCACUGAAGUUUUUACGUACCUGCUUCCACCUCCUGAGGUGCCUGCAAGCUGGCAGGAAUGCCAACUCUGUUUUUAAGGUUUUUCAUGCCAGCGAUGUUCUUGAAGCUGUCAUAACCUCCCAGCUUACGGCUAGCAAAUUCUUCACUGAUGCUUUGACAGAUCCUGUUUGGGCAGAGUAUCUCCAGGAAGUCCAAGCCUCUUUGGAGCACUUUCUUCAGAUGAUUGUUGAAAGAAGGCAAAGUAUGAAGCUUAACUUGGAAAAAUUCAUGUCUUUCCUCGUGAGCUGCAAGCCAGGUGCUGGUAGGGCCAAAAGCAAAUGCUGUAAAAAUUGGAAUCCUGCAGCUGAGCAAUUACUGCUCGUGUCAUUCACCACUCUGUGUCGUGUCCUCACGCUCUACCUUCAGCAGCAGCCAGAAAAGAAGCUGCAGUCUACAGACAUACUGUCUGCUUUGCUGGAACCAGUAGUCCAGCAGUUGGGAAGAACUGUUGAACACGGUCUUCAGAGUAACACCCAAAACCAGCCGUUGCCUGUAGCGUUUAUACCAUCUGUCACGACUCUUCUCAAGGCAGAUCUGAGCCAUGCUGUCAGAAAAGGCUGGCAGAAGAAUCCUGAGGAUCCCAGUGGGUUUUUGGAGCCAUCCCGUGUUAAACUGUACCAAAAGUUUUACACUCAGAUACUGAGAGAGCUGCCCUCUGCAGGAGGUCACUUGCAGUUCCUUCAGUCUGCGUUGCAGUUCUUAACGGUCUUCUGCUCCGUACCGGAGCUGUGCCCUGGGAAAGAAACUGCAGUCACUGUUGUUUUCGCUAUGAACAAGCUUCUCGCUGGUCCUGCGAUCACAAUCCAGGUGAUUAAAAGCAUAGAGCCAGAGCUGACGGAGGUGCUUGUCCAGCUGCUGGGAAGCUGCUCUCCCGAAGAGUUUUACGCCAUUAUGAGGCUGGUGCUGCAGGGACUUGAGAUGAAAACCAUGUGGCAACAGAAGGCUAAAGAAGUAUUGUCAGCUAUUAUGCUAAUCAAAUUGGUGCUCAGCUGCCCAUUAAGUGGAGACAAAGAGAAAGCUUUCUGGUUUGCCAGCCCGCAGAUAAUCACAGCUUUAGCUAUGCAAACCAAAGAGGCCUGCCAGGACCAGUCACUGACUGCCACCAUAGUUGUGCCUAUUCUGGAGGCUGCAGCAGCUCUGCUAAGACAAGGAGAAGGGGUUCUCUUGAAUCCGCACCACGUUGCAUUGGCAUUCAACAUUCUCCUCACCGUUCCUCUGGAUCAUCUGAAGACAGAAGACUAUGGCAGUGUCUUUCUGGGAGUCCAUGAAGUUCUGUUCUCUGUCGUGCAGUGUCAUCCGAAGGUAAUGUUGAAAGCUGCACCAUCUUUUCUGAACAGUUUUCAUCGCCUGGUUGCUUCUGUCAUGCAUGAAGGACGGCAGAGAGGAGACAGAGGCAACACAGAUGACUUUGAAGCUAUACUGAAGUGUGCACACCUAGUGGAACGGAUGUAUAGUCACAUUGCUGCAAAAACAGAGGAGUUCACUGUGUUUUCUGCUUUCAUUGUGGCUCAGUACGUGACCGAAUUGCAGAAGGUGACUUUGCACCCAGCUGUGAAGAAACAUCUCACAGAGGGGAUAUAUCACAUCCUUGACCUUUGCAUUGAACGGGACAUCAAGUUCUUAAAUGCGUCACUACCAGCAGGUGUAAGGGAGGUCUUUAAGGAUCUGUACAAUGAUUACAACCGCUACCACAAAGCAAAAAAACAGGGGGAGGAAAAAUAUACUGCGUGAUGAAUUCUGCCUGGUGCUGCGUGGUCAGUUACGAGUUGAUCCAGCAGUGCUCAGAAGCCCCUCAGUUCUGUUUGCUUUGGGAUGAUGAGUAAGAUCAAAUCUGAAGAGAGUCCUAAACACGGGUUGCAUUUUUCUCUAUACAACCAACCUUCAUAAUGGGGAAAAGGGGGCUGGGGAGGGAGGAUUGUCCUGCUCUGUGCCACGAAUGGCAGAACUGCUGCACCUGUGCAGCCCCCGAGCGAACCUGCUGGGAGCUCGCUGCAGUCUUGGCAGCAGAUGUUGGGUUUCAGGCUUUGGCACAUCAUGGUGCUUUCUGUGGAAGCAAUAGCCUAGUGUAAAAGCCUCUGAGGGUUAUAACUCACUCACAUGGCAAGCAGAAUUAAAGCAAUUAGAUGCAUAUUUUUAUAUGGUGUUACUUCAUAUUUGUUACUGAGGAACUUUGUGAAUAUCACACAGCUGUGUGGUAGGCUACUGCUGCAGUACUGUGGAAAUACAGUAAAAAAUUUUGAAAACUU